AUGAACGCAAAUAUCAGCCAUGCGAACGCAUCAAGAGCAUUUAAGACUAUCCUUAUCACAAGACCCUCAAAUGCUGCCAAACAGAUAGUCGACCGGUUUAGGACUCAUGCUCUCUUUAAAACGAGGUACCUUAAUCAACCAACCGCCAUCAGAGCUCGAGCUACAAUUCACAUGAAGCGUAGCGCAUCAACGGUAUCAACGGUAUCAAAUGCAACCCCAAAAGCUAAGAAGCCUCGACUGGAAGCGCCAGAGCAUCAUCUAAUCCCUUCCAUCCGAGAUGAAGAAACUGGCGAAAUCGUAUGGCCAGCUCCCAAACAUCAGAUAGAGCGUGCUCGGAGUUUCAUUUUAGACGCUUCCGCGAAUAAGAAGACACUCAUUAUUCCUCAUGAAGAUGUUGAUGAGUUAACAUCAGGUGCUAUAUUACAAAAAACCCUCGUGUUGCUUGAUCUGAACCCUACUCUCAUAUCGGCCCAUCUACUUCGAAAAGGGAGUAAUAUUCACCAAGAGAAUGAGCGCAUCGCUAUGGCCGUUUAUAAUCCUGAAUAUAUCUUUGUCCUAGGCCAAGGAUCGAGGAACUCACCUCCAGUAAUCGACUCCCCUCAUGAGUCUUUAGUGAUAGGUCACCAUUGGUCAUUGGAAGACAAUUUCCCGGAGGGCUCAGAACAUGUUACAGCGUGCCACUCUCCACCGGUCGCUACGAGCUCGCUCCUUACCAACCAUAUCUGCAAUGAGCUACAUGAGAAGCCUACACUAGAAAGGAGAUCAACGAUGCUAUCACUCAUCAUCGCGUCCCGUCAAACCGCCACCUAUGACGUUGCCGCUGCCUGGACUGCCCUAAUUGCUGCUCAUUCGCUCAAGGAACUCCUCACGAACCGGAGUCUCCUUGCCGCUAGGGCUGAAGUAAAUGCCGAGGCAGAACGAUGUACCCAUACGCCCCCGAAGUUCUCGGACGAUGGCACCAUUGCCGUCUUCCGCAUCAACUCUACUACCCGAGUCCAUCCUAUAGUAGCAGCCCGCAGGGCAUGGUUUUUACAAUCACCGAAACUGGAGGUAAUCCUAGUAGCUAACGAGGGCUAUCUUCCAGGCAUGGUGAACUUCUCGUGCCGCGUUGCCCGAAGCGCCAGGGCACGGGAAACGCCGGUGAACAUUAUCGAAGUACUAAAGGGCAUUGCGGCGAGGGCUCCAGAUCCGACUCCGCAUGAAAGACUUGGAAAGUCAUUUGCGACGGGUCAUAAAGAGGGUAGUGGUGGUAUUGUUCCGAAGGCGGAGUUUGAAGAGUUUAUGGACAUCUUACAAAUUAAGAGGAGGCCCGAAGGAGCAAGUCCCAAGAAAAUUAAGAAAGACGCCGCCCCGAAGUAGUCAAACACUUUAACAAACUAUUCUGAAAAGAAGACUACUGCUUGGGCGCUUGGGUAAGACGAAAAUUCUAUAAUGACCUUAGGUACCGGAAUUCAACAAAACGAAUAUAAUGAGCCUUUAACCUACCUGGUAGGGUAUCCUGUCACAAUUUCGGCCAUUAACUACCUGGCCCCGAUAAGAGAUUUUGAGCAAAUUCAUUACUUGAAGAUAUGCGAUCGAAUUCUAUUAAUUAAUGACGAAAGAUUAUCUGUCCGUCGGAAAGUGACGUCGGCGCGAAAUUCGCAGCGCGCUCACAUCAGAGCGCACAUCGCUCCCACAAGCUUUCCCAGCCCAUGCCUCUUCCUAGCAAUUUAAGCCUCAUCGCUUAACUCGUAGGAGUUGGUGCUGCCACAGCAGCAGCACGACGGAAACAAUCGACUCACAAUUUACCAACGGACUUGAGGCCGCGCUCGCCGUCGA